AUGAUUAACAAGCACUUCUUUGAAAUUGUGUUGGUGCUGCUGGCCUCUUCUACUAUCUUCUCCCUAGAACUGAAACUGGUUCUCUUCCAGCAAAGAAGAAUGAACAGAGAGGGUUUAAAACUCUUGAAUAAACUGCAAACCUCAUCAAUUCAGCAGUGUCUGCCACACAGGAAAAACUUCCUGCUUCCCCAGAUGUCUGUGAAUCCUCAGCAAUACCAAAAAGGACAUGCACUGGCCAUUCUCCAUGAGAUGCUUCAGCAGAUCUUCAACCUCUUCGAAGCAAAUAUUCCUUUGGAUGGUUGGGAGGAAAACCGCAUGGAGAAAUUCCUCUUUGAACUUUAUCAACAGCUGGAAUACUUAGAAGCACUGAUGGAAGUGGAAGCAGGACAGAAAAGUGGUGGCUUGGGCAGUGAGAAUCUUAGAUUACAAGUUAAAACAAACUUCCGAAGGAUCCAUGAUUACCUGGAAAGCCAGGACCACAGCAGCUGUGCCUGGACCAUCGUCCAAGUAGAAAUCAACAGGUGUCUGUUCUUUGCGUUCAGAUUCAUAGGAAAGUUGAACAAACAAGGAAUGGACCCUUGA